AUGUUUAACCAACUAUUGAGACCACAAUUAAGGUGUUUAUUAAACACAACACAUAUCAGGGGUUUAUCACAAGUAACUGAUAGUACGAACACUUACCGCAUAUACUCUGCAAUACAACCUACCGGUGCUCUCCAUUUAGGCAACUAUUUGGGGGCCAUUCGCCAGUGGAUUGCCUACCAGUGCGACCAUAAUGUCCAGCAGACUGUCUAUUGUGUGGCAGAUCUGCACUCUUUGACCACAAUUCAAGAUAAACAAGAGAUCAGACGAAAUAUGAAAGUAAUGAUCGCAUCACUGAUUGGCUGCGGUUUAGACCCCAACCGGUCUGUCCUUUACAGACAGUCAGACAUACCAUUUCACGGCCAGUUGUGCUGGAUAUUGGCCACUCUCUCCACAAUGCCUCAACUCUAUCGGUUCCCACAGUUUAAGGCAUUUAUUGAAUGUGACAAAACGCAAGGCAUGAAAGACAUACCACUCGGGCUAUACUUAUACCCUGUCCUACAAGUGGCCGACAUUCUCCUAUUCAAAUCCAAUGCCGUUCCCGUGGGUGACGACCAGAUACCACACCUCAACUUCGCCCGCCAUUUGGCCCAUAAAUUCAACACAACAUUCAGCCAAACAUUUGCCGAACCCGUGGCUAUCAGUCCUGAACUCACGGGUCGUAUAAGGAGUCUAAGGACAGCGGAUAAGAAAAUGUCGAAAUCGGAAGUGAAUGAGAAGUCGAGAAUAGAGAUCACCGAUAGUCCGGAUCGGAUUCGCGAGAAAAUACGCAAAGCUGUCACUGAUAUGCGUUCAGAAGUGACAUACGAACCCGACUCCCGGCCAGGAGUCAGUAAUUUAGUGGCAAUAUAUUCAUUAAUCAGUGGCUUAACACCUGAAGAAGUUUGUCACCAAAAUAUGGGCCGAAAUACCGGCGAAUUUAAACAAGUCUUAAGCGAUUUAGUGGUCGAACACUUGAAACCAAUCAGAGACAAUGUCUUGAGACUAAUGGCCGACGAGUCAUAUUUGGAACAAGUGUUGACCGAUGGCCAUAAUCGGGCCUUUAGUAUCGCUCAGCAGACUAUGUGUGAAGUAAAUGAUGCGAUCGGCUCUAAAUCAAUGCCACAAAGUUUUGCUCAUUUUCACACCAAAAUCAAUAUUUAA